GCAGGAACCGAGAGAGGAGACGAAGCGGAAGUCCCCCGUGCCCAGUGGCUAUACUGGCAGGGACCCGCGGUGUCAUGGCCGCCGACAGUGACGAUGGCGCAGCCUCAGCUCCCGCGGUCUCAGACGAUGGUGUCAGCCAAAGCACAAAAUCUGGGGAGGAGCUAGUAGUCCAGGUUCCCGUGGUGGAUGUGCAAAGUGACAACUUCAAGGAGAUGUGGCCAUCCCUCCUCCUGGCUAUAAAGACGGCUAACUUCGUGGCUGUGGACACGGAACUGAGUGGGCUUGGGGACAGGAAGUGUUUGCUGAACCAGUGCAUCGAGGAACGUUACAAGGCCGUGUGUCAUGCUGCCAGGACCCGUUCCAUCCUCUCCCUGGGCCUCGCCUGCUUCAAGCAGCAGCCAGACAAGGGUGAACACUCAUACCUGGCCCAAGUGUUCAAUCUGACCCUACUGUGCAUGGAAGAGUAUGUCAUUGAACCAAAGUCUGUGCAGUUCCUGAUACAGCAUGGCUUCAACUUCAACCGGCAGUACGCUCAGGGAAUCCCCUACCACAAGGGGAAUGACAAGGGUGAUGAGAGUCAGAGACAGUCAGUGAGGACACUGUUCCUGGAGUUGAUCCGGGCCCGCCGGCCCCUGGUACUACACAACGGUCUGAUAGACUUGGUGUUCCUCUACCAGAACUUUUACGCACACCUGCCCGAGAACUUGGGAACCUUCACUGCUGACCUGUGUGAAAUGUUCCCCGCUGGCAUUUAUGACACCAAAUAUGCUGCUGAGUUUCAUGCCCGCUUUCUGGCCUCCUACCUAGAAUAUGCCUUCCGGAAAUGUGAGCGGGAAAAUGGGAAGCAGCGGGCAGCCGGCAGCCCACACCUAACCCUGGAGUUCUGUAGCUAUCCUUCUAGCAUGAGGGCCCAUAUUGACUACCGCUGCUGUGCGCCACCCCCCACGUGCCGUACGCAUUCCACCAGCAUCUGUGACAACUUCUCGGCCUAUGGCUGGUGCCCCCUGGGACCACAGUGUCCUCGGUCCCAUGAUAUUGACCUUAUCAUUGACACUGAUGAAGCUGCGGUGGAGGACAAGAGGCGACGGAGACGACGUAAGGAAAAACGGCGGAGGGCUUUGUUGGGCCUGCCUGGGAAACAGCCUUCUGGGGAAGCUGAGGACAGUCCUCCCACCAAGCAGGUCUGUAAGGACGACCUCAAGCCUGAGGAAACUGAGCAGGAGGUGGCUGAGGAUGAGACUGGGACCCAACCUGGCUCUGAGCAAGGUCCCACAAAUGACCUGGAGAUGGAGCCUAAAGCAACAAGUGCUGAAACCACUGACAUGGCCACCUCAGAAGUGCCAGAGAGGAAAGUCACAACUGACAUGGCCACCUCAGAAGCCCCAGAGAGGCAAGUCACAACUGACGUGGCCACCUCAGAAGUGCCAGAGAGGCAAGUCACAACUGACAUGGCCACCUCAGAAGCCCCAGAGAGUCAAGUCAGUCCUAACCCAGUGCCUGGGGAUGGAUUGCAUCGGGCUGGUUUUGAUGCCUUUAUGACAGGUUACGUGAUGGCCUAUUUGGGAGUGAGCCAAGGAUCCCAGCCCUGUAGCUCUGAACCAUGGCUACCUGAAUGUCACAACAAGGUAUACCUGAGUGGCAAAGCUGUCCCCCUCACAGUGGUUAAGAGCCAGUUCUCCCGUUCUUCCAAAGCCCACAACCAGAAGAUGAAGCUGGCUUGGGGCAGCAGCUGACCCAACUUCUACACAGCACUCAGGGCCUAGGAAGAGAAGCUAAGAGUGGAUCAAAGGGGUCUGGAUCCCUCUAGCCUAUAAGUGACUUAAUCCCAACUACUCGGGGAUAGGAUGGGGUCCUGGCUGAGAUACUGUUGGACUGCUUUGGCAUCUCUGCCUUUACCUUAGAGGCUGAAGAACAAGGGUACAAGUAAGAAGGCUGACCAGCACCUGUAACACCGACUUUAUUCAUUUUUAAAUCUCAAAGUGUCUUGGGAAAGUUUUACCAAAAAAAAAAACCAGAAACAAGAUAUGAAAAUAUCUGACC